AUGCGCGUCGAGGAAACAAAGUCGCGAAGAAGGAACCUCCAGUGCGCGACCGUGGGCACUGCGACGCCGAUCGCCAACAAAGAGAACGCGCUUAGGAGCCGCUUCCCUACGCCGCAGUCUUUAGAAAAGCUGCACAAGCCCUUCAAAUGCCCCGGCUCAGCGACCCGGAGGCCUGAGGCCGACCGUCCUGCACGGAAGCGUAGAAAGGUCGACUACAAGGGUGCCGACGGUGCAGAAGACACGGGCGAGUCGUACACCAGCAUCGAAAGGCUCGCUCUUGCCAACCGGGAUGUUAACAAAUAUCCCGUUUUCAAACCAAAAGACAAGGAAACCAUCUUCCGAAAGUCAUUUGUGGUUCCUCUUGUCAACAAGAAUGUGGCCUCCUACAAUCCCAACCGUCCACCUCCGACUCUAGGCUUGAGGCAAGGUGCUGUGUUCGUCGCCAAGGCGCUGCACGAUCCUAGUGGCGAGUUCGCGAUUGUCCUCUAUGAUCCAACCGUCGAUGACAAACCAAAGGAGCCCGAGAAGCCAGCUGAGGAACCGGACAAGCCCUCCGGGUCUCAGGAAAAACUCGACGCGCCUUUGGUUCACAAGAGUCUUGCCGAGAUUCUUGGUAUUAAGAAGAAGGUUGAAGGUGAACAUCCGAGGGUUCCAGUCGUAAUUGAUCCACGCCUUGCCAAAGUCCUCCGACCACAUCAGAUUGAGGGAGUCAAGUUCAUGUACCGAUGUGUUACAGGAAUGAUUGACGAAAAGGCAAAUGGAUGCAUCAUGGCAGAUGAGAUGGGUCUCGGCAAAACAUUGCAAUGCAUCACACUGCUGUGGACUCUUCUCAAACAGUCACCAGAAGCUGGAAAGCCUGCUAUUCAAAAGGCGAUUGUUGCUUGUCCAUCCAGUCUGGUUCGCAAUUGGGCCAAUGAGCUGGUUAAAUGGCUUGGUGCCGACGCCAUCACCCCCUUCGCCAUCGAUGGCAAGGCGUCCAAGGAGGAAUUAACCCGGCAGCUGCGACAAUGGGCCAUUAGUAGCGGUCGUGCCGUCACCAGACCUGUCAUCAUCGUUUCAUACGAAACCCUGCGACUCAACGUCGAAGAGUUGAAGCAUACCAAAAUUGGACUGAUGCUAUGUGACGAAGGCCACCGCUUGAAAAACGGCGACAGUCAGACAUUUACUGCUCUCAAUAACUUGAACGUAUCACGGCGCGUUAUUCUUUCCGGCACACCUAUCCAGAAUGAUUUGUCAGAGUACUUCUCCUUGAUCAGCUUUGCGAAUCCGGAUUUGCUCGGCACAAGACUCGAAUUCAGAAAGCGAUUUGAGCUGCCGAUCCUUCGAGGACGAGAUGCCGAUGCUUCAGAGAAGGAGCGAGAGAAGGGAGACGAGUGUCUGAAAGAGCUGCUCGCUCUGGUGAACAAGUUCAUCAUCAGGCGCACCAAUGACAUUUUGUCAAAGUACCUGCCGGUCAAGUACGAGCAUGUCGUCUUCUGCAACCUGGCACCUUUCCAGCUCGACCUGUACAACUAUUUCAUCACAUCGCCUGAUAUUCAGGCACUUUUGCGUGGCAAGGGUAGCCAACCUCUCAAGGCCAUCGGCAUACUCAAGAAGCUAUGUAAUCACCCUGAUCUACUCAACUUGUCGGAAGACCUGCCGGGUUCUGAGGUGCAUUGGCCCUCAGAUUAUGUUCCCAAGGAAUCACGGGGUCGCGAUAGAGACAUCAAGCCGUGGUACAGUGGCAAGAUGCAGGUGCUCGAUCGUAUGUUGGCACGCAUUCGAGCCGAUACGAAUGACAAGAUAGUGCUCAUCAGCAACUACACCUCAACUCUCGACCUGUUCGAGCGAUUAUUGCACCAACAGCUGGAGACGCUUGCACCCUCCCAAGUCACUAUGUCCAAGAGAACCACCAGCCUGGCCGGCGGCGGCAGCGACACUAAAGACAGCACCAGCGAGAAGCCCACCUAUGACAAACAAAAGAAGCUCCUCUCGGCCGACGUCGGUCACUUCUCUCUGGUGCGCGCCUUGCACAUGGCCGACUACAUCACGGCGCUCAACGGCCUGUGCGGCAUCAUGUCCAUCUUCUCCUCGAUGCGCUACUGCCUAGGCGACCCGAGCGACACGACCAACGCCUACACCGCCCUGGCCUUCCUUCCCUUUGGCCUCUUUUUCGACUUUAUGGACGGCAAGGUCGCCCGCUGGCGCAAAAAGACCAGCCUGAUGGGCGCUCAGCUCGAUUCGCUUGCAGAUCUAAUCUCAUUUGGCGUUGCUCCGGCCGUCGUCGCCUUCGCCAUCGGCAUGCGCACGCCGCUCGACCACCUCGGCCUGGCCUUUUACGUGCUCUGCGGCCUGACGCGCCUGGCACGCUUCAACGUGACCACGGACGACAUACCCAAGGACGCCACGGGCAAGGCCGCCUACUUUGAGGGUACCCCGAUCCCGACCAGCCUUGCCCUGGAUGGGCUCAUGGCCUACUGGGUCCGCUCGGGUACCAUCCACGACGCCAUCCCCGGAGGCCUGUGGCUGGCCGGCACCCCCUUCGAGUUUCACCCCAUCAUUGCCGUCUUCAUCCUGCACGGGUGCUGCAUGACGAGCAAGACUAUCCAUAUUCCCAAGCCUUGA